AUGCCUGAUCAGAAGCCCUUUGUCAAAGAACAUCGCGACCCCCACGACCAUGCGGUCGACUCUCUGGGACGAAAGCUUCAGCCCGAGCCCUGGCGUAAUGGAGAGGGCGCGUCGAUCUUGGGGCCUCGUAACUGGGAGCGCGAAAUGCAGGAUCCGGAUAUGCUGCGACCCCCAUCCACCGACUCGGGCACGCUCGCAAACAUGAAGUGGAGCUUCGCCGAUUCGCAUAUGAAAAUCGAAGAGGGGGGCUGGGCGCGCCAGACCACCGUCCGUGAGUUGCCCACUAGCAUCGAGCUUGCCGGGGUCAAUAUGAGGCUGGAGGCGGGUGCGAUCCGGGAACUGCACUGGCAUAAAGAGGCCGAGUGGGCAUACAUGCUCGAGGGAUCCGCGCGCGUAACGGCACUCGAUACUGAAGGUGGCAACUAUCUAGGCGACGUCGAGAAGGGCGAUCUAUGGUACUUUCCUGCUGGACAUCCGCAUAGCUUGCAGGGCACAGGCGAGAAUGGGUGCGAGUUCCUGCUCAUCUUCGACGAUGGCAACUUCAGUGAGGACAGCACGUUCCUACUCGCCGACUUCAUCGCGCACACCCCGAAGGCAGUUCUGUCGAAGAACUUUCGGCUGCAUCCCCAAUUGUUCGAGCACUGCCCACCAAGCGAGCGUUAUAUCUUCCAGGGCUCCAUUCCAGACAAGAUUGAGAGAGAGAAUCCGCCUGGCGUGAAGAUGUCCAAACUUCGUUUCACGCAUAAGAUGCUUGCGCAAGACCCGAUCAAAACGGAGGCAGGGGAAGUGCGAAUCACGGAUACACGUAACUUUCCAAUCAGUCAGACGGUGUCUGCAGCCCAUGUGACGAUCAAGCCCGGAGCCAUCCGUGAGCUUCACUGGCAUCCGAACGCAGACGAAUGGAGUUUCUUCAUCCGUGGCCGCGCACGAGUCACCAUCUUCGCCUCCUCCGGCAUAGCGCGCACAUUCAACUACUCGCCCGGAGAUGUCGGCAUCGUGCCGAAGAGCAUGGGCCAUUACGUGGAGAAUAUCGGAAACGACGAAGUUGAGAUGCUGGAGAUCUUCAAGGCGCCCAAGUUUGAGGACUUCAGUCUCGAACAAUGGCUUGCUGCAACGCCCAAGAGAAACGUGGCGGAGCAUCUGUUUCAAAGCAAUCCGCGGGCCGGCCAGAAGUUUGUGGAGCAGUUGAGCUCGCAACAUACGCCUGUCAAAUCCGCGUCGAAGUUGUAG